GGAUGCGUUGGCCAUAGAGUUCUGUGAGGGCUUCGCGCGGACUCAUCCUCCCCUCUCCAGAACAGCUCAGCAGCUCAGCAGACAUCACUUUACGGCCCUGCGUCCUCUAGCUCCUGCGUACCAAACGGGAAGAUACUCAGGAUACGUUUCCAGAAGGAAGUUACUGUACCUGGGCGACGCUCUCCGCCAUUCACUUUCGCAACUCUUCACACCAUGUCAGGCACCAAUAGCACAUCAUCAACCGCCUCGCCAGCAACUUACACCCACGGCCAUCACGCCUCAGUCCUCCGCUCUCACAGCUGGCGCAACGUCCAAAACUCCUGCGGCUACCUCAUUCCGGAGCUCAAAAACGAUUUCCGCGUGCUGGACGUCGGCUGCGGGCCCGGCACCAUCACAGUUGAUCUCGCGACCUACGUCCCACGCGGACACGUUACUGGGAUCGAGCCGGAGGGCGCAAAGGAUAUCCUGGAUCAAGCACGGGCUCAUGCUGCUGAGCGUCGGGUGACUAACGUGGACUUUCAGGUAGCGGACGUUUUCAAUCUGCCUUUCGCCGAUGCCUCCUUCGAUCUGGUGCACGCACACCAGGUCCUCCAGCAUAUCAGCGACCCCGUCAGUGCCCUGCGGGAGAUGCGUCGCGUAUGUAAACCGGGGGGUCUGGUCGCAGCGCGGGAGGUGGACAUGGGCGCCACCCUAUUCUACCCCGAAGUCCCCGGCAUAAACUCCUGGCUCGAUCUCUACCUCAGAGUCGCCCGCCACAACGGCGGCGAGCCUAACGCAGGACGACGGCUGCACGCGUGGGCGAGACUGGCCGGGUUCGACCCCGCCCGCAUGAAGUUGGGCGCUGGGACGUGGUGCUAUGCGACGAAGGAGGAGCGGGAUUGGUGGUCGGGCUUGUGGGCGGAGCGGACGUUGAAGAGCACAUUUGCGAAAACGGCGUUGGAGGGCGGGUGCUGUGAUCAAGGGGCUUUGGAGGAGGCGGCUAAGGCUUGGCGGCGGUGGGGUGCCGAAGAGGACGGGUGGUGUACGCUUAUUCAUGGCGAAGUUAUCUGCAGCGUGUGAUAAGCGAUGAUGGUCGACAACAAACUUACUGUAGGUUCAUGUAUAUAGAGAAACACCUGGAGCGUGUGAACAAGGGUCAAGGCUUACAUUCGACCUGAUCGGACGGCGGAUGUUACGGUCUUGAGAGGCAUCCCGCUCUGCCAACAAUAGCGAUGGCUAUCUUACUAGACGCACAAGCUGUCUACCCGGAAGUUCUUGCAUCAGUACCGCAUCACUUUCCCGUGCCAGCGUCCUUCUAGCACGCUUGCACGGAAAAAGGAGCCGCCGAUCUCUCCUCACGAAAACCCGCACAUUUUUCAAUAGGCCAACCUCCAGCCGUAUCCCCUGGGAAUCCGAG